ACAACAUCAACGCAUGCAGGUCAUUCCAAUAGUCUGAAAUAAAUUAUUCACCGAUGCCUGUCACUAAGCAACAACCCAAGCGUGAUAAUAAGAAGCCUAUAGCCUGCCACCGUUGUCACGCCCAUAAAGUUAAAUGUUCUGGCGGACAGCCUUGUUCGAGAUGUCGGCGGGCUGGCUGUGAUGAUGAGUGUAAAUACACUCUACGUGAUCGCAAGCUCAAGGUGCAAGAGAGUUACCUCGACGAACUUCUUACCCAAAACGCUCAAUUAAGAGAACAGCUACGCUCUAUUAGUACCCCUCAGAGCUCAUCUGCCACUACUGCCGAGGGGUCUAUUCCACAAGAGUUCUACCCGCCGGUGCAAAACCCUCUCCUGGGAGAACGGGCUUGGUUCUACCCAUACGACCCUUCUGCUCCUCCUAUAUACAUGGGUGAUGCAGCAUGCACGGCGUUCGCGACGCGCUUGCGCCAGUUCCUCACGGGGGAUCCUAAUACGGCGCAUGUUGCUAGAACGCAAUACACCCCCGAGUCAUCUUUACUCGAGGGUGCCACUCAAUGGCCCGGUUUAGCACAGGCUCGUCUACUGGUUCGUAUUGCUUUCAACCAGUUGAGUCGCGUCUACCAUCUGUUUCUACGCAAGUCGACCAUCGAACACCUCGAAUCCAUAUACCGCACGCCAUCGCUACGCGAUGACCCGGCUGUUAUGUGCAAAUUCUUCGCCCUUUUCGCCUUGGGCGAGGUCUAUUCGUCUCGGGCCAACUCUUCACCAACGGGUCGAGUUCCAGGCACGUUGUACUAUGUACGAGCAAUGGGACUAAUUCCGAUUCUGCCCGAGAGACCAGGUGUCAUCCAUGUGGAAAGUCUGCUACUACUGUCGCUGUACUCGUACUUCCUCAACAGACGACACUCGGCUUACAUGUUAGUCGGCAGCGCCAUGCGUCUGGGCCUGAUCCUCGGGCUCAACCAUAAUAUCCCUGAGCGACAAUGUACUGAUCCAAUAGAACGUCAGCAUCGGGUUCGGCUGUGGUGGGCUAUCUAUGUCUUCGACCGCAUGUAUACGUCAAAAUUUGGUUUCCCGCUACAGAUCCGCGAUGAAGAUAUCCAUGUCGAUAUGCCUACCGACGUUGCCAGCCCUGCUGCUGAGGAGCAGUUCUCAGAUACAGCUUACUCUGUCGCCAGUAUUCGACUGUCGCAGAUCAUUGGUCAGACCAUUGACAAGAUAUAUUGUCGCAAACAGCAUGCAGAGUCAUUUCUCCAGCGGGAGCAGCAGCUCUUGCUGGCUUUACAAGACUGGCUUAAAUCGCUCCCAGAACAUAUCAAGUUGCGCUCGGAGGACUCUCCUCCGCCAAAGCAUAUCGUAUCAUUACAUCUACAAUUUAAUCAGUGCGUGAUAUUAGCCACUCGACCCAUCUUACUUCAUGCUCUAUUACAUCACAGCAACCGUGAUGAUAGCGAAGACCUUCCUCAGCCGGUCAUCACUCUUAGUGAAGCUUGCAUACAUGCUGCACGGCACUCCCAUGCACUCAUCAUAGAGGAGUGGGUUAAUGGCUCUUUGCCUAUGUACGGCUAUUUCUACGCCCAGUAUUUCUUUUCAUCUUGCAUUGCCUUGGUGAUCUCAAGUCUUUUGCCAACGAUCGGAAACCCGGCAGAUCUGGAGUCGUUAGAUACUGCCAUUGAGAUCCUGCAUAGGAUGAGUGAACACGGCAAUCUUGCUGCUGCUGAAUUCUACGAGAACCUCAAGCGUGUCAAGAAAACUUUGGCAACUAACUCUGGCGUUGUUAAUGAUAGCCAUGAGCGUCGCAGUCAAACACCAAGACACUCCCUCGCGUCAUUAUCGGCUGGAGGCCCGACCGCGGAUCCUCAUGCAAUUAGUAUAGUGCCAGCUACGGGCUAUACUACCGAGAUGGCAUUCUUAGAACCGACAAUGCAGGAUUUUCUGGGCAGGUCAGAGAAUGAAAUUGAUGCUAUUCAGCCAUAUGAUCUUUUCAUCGAUGACCAUGCUACUAUUGCUGCAUGGCCCGCGACCAUGUGGACUUCGUGAUCAGACGUAUGGCCGUUAAUGUCGCCAUUAACAGCCCAGAAGCCAGAAUAUGGGACCGACCCCGGCAUGGUGUGCUCUCGCCUUCAU